AGACGAGCCGCGAGAACAGUCCGCCACGACGAGAUGCGUUUGUAUUGGUAAGACGAACCAACAUUUUGUAAAGACGGCCGAUCGGUUAGGUGCUGUGUACGGUAAGUGGAGACCGGUAUCGUCUUUAUGAGAAAUCUAGAGAUUAUUAAGUAAGAAAUUGGACAUCGUGUCUAAAACGUAGGAUAUUCCACGUCAAAAUAAGCCCAUUAUUGAAAAAUUUUUUGAAUUUUGAAACUUACUGAGGUUGAAAGGUAUAAAAGUAUUUUUGUGUAAAAUCUUAAUCCAAUUCUUCAAGUAUUUGCAAACGGAAUAAUGUUUGCAGUUUAUUAUUAUCCAUUUAUAUCUCAAUUUUUUUGGGAGGAAAAGUAGAAUUAAUAUAAUGAAAUUAGCGUCGUUUCCUACAGAAAAAAGUCCGCUGUUUCACAUGGCGAUGUUUUAAUUUUAGGUAAUUACCGAUUAUCAAUCCUAUUCAAGAAUUUGAAAUCUUUGAAAUUACGUCAUAACUAAUAGAGACCGAUUUUUAUACCAGAUCUAAAUCUUAUUCAAAGGAUUACUGAUCGUAAUUUAAACAUUCUUUUUAAGUACUUUACAUUUAAAGUAUUACAAUAAUAUCUUCUACAUUUAUCAUUUGCAAUUUGAUUAGCGUAAUAAAUGCAAAGAUGAUUUCUGAAAUACUUAAUAAAAUAAUGCAUUAUUUAUAUACAGGAAAAGAGGGUAUUAUGGCUAUUGUCGACAAUAUAGUUACUUCUAUUAUCUCCGUUAUUAGAGACAUAUAUAAAGAAAAUGAGUAUUCGACUGCAUGCGCAAUUAACUCGCUGCAAUGUAACAUCACUUCAGGAAGACAAGAAAAUUAGUGAAUAAAGAGAGAACUGAUUGUGAGUGAGGAUUGCAAUUUUUCGAACAAGUAAUUUAAUUGAUUACGUAUGUGUUAUUUUUUACUGCGAUACGUUAAAUAGAUUUUUAUCUCACUUUUUUUGUUGAUAAAGAAACUAAGUAAUUUUAGAUAGAGAGAUGUAUAUAAAAAUUCAAUUUAUAAAAACGUUAUAAUUUAUAAUUACAUAAGAAUAUAAUCUUUUUAUUUAGAAAAAAAAAGAAAUAUUGAAGGUAAAUGUUUAUUUGGUUUUAACAUUUUAAUAAUCAUCUAUUACAUAAAAAUAAUUUGACAUCAAGUAUUGUAUAAUUCAAUUUAAAAUGGUACAAACAUAUAUUUCUGCUCAGAACGAUAAAAACAUAAUGAUUGAAGUUAUUAUUAAACAGAUAGCAACUAUUUCUGCCCAAAAUAGCAAAUAAAAGAAGAAUCGAAAUAAAAUUGUGCAAGAAAGCAUUAAUAUAAUUGUUGUGCAUAAAACUUACAAAUCGCUGUGAAUGGCAGUUUAAAAUUUAGGCAAUUAAAGGACUUGGUUUAAAUACCUGUUAAAAUGAUAAUUCAGCGAAAAAAGUUAGAAGAAGUUCUUUUCAAAAAAGAAUAAAAAAGGCUGCAUGCAUUAUUUGUAGACAAGUGAAUUAUAUCUUUAUUAAAAUGAAUUGUACGUAAAAAAAACAGGUUUGAAGUACAAAUUAGAGCAGAAGCUUUGAAAUGUAACUGCAAAGUAGCCGAAAUAAUAAUCCUUUUACACAACCAUGUCUAUGAUAAAGUUCGCUUUGCUCGGCCUGGUAUUAUCCUUGAUAAGAGCAUCAUCCGAAUGGCAACUAACAAAAUGUUGCCCACCAGGACAGAUCUAUGUAAACAGUUUCACCAACUGUAAAUCAGUACCGUUAUUCGCGAUAGACGUUUAUUCUCACUAUUGGAACAUUACGAGAGAGCUCCAAGGAAUUCCUCAGUGCGACGAAUCUGAGGAUCUUGUGGCAAUGCCACUCGACGAUUUCGAAUCUAACACUAUCUUAGAGCUUUUACACACCAGAAAAUGUUGCUCUGGCGAUACAAUAUUCGACAGCCGCACAAAGACAUGUCUGACCCGGUUAAACGAAACACAGAGUCUCGGAGCAUUUUUGCUAAAUAGAUCGAGUGACGCAGAAAGUGCAGUGAUACUCACUCAUGGUCCACCUAAAUGCCAAGGGCCGAUCGUUAACUAUGAAAUUAACGAAAACGAUAUCUUCUUACGGAACAAUACAUAUUCGGUAAUGAUUCCAGUGUCCAAAAAUAAUGUCAAAGAGGAACCAGUUACUGAGGAUAACGCUUGUCUCGAGAUGACACCGGAGUUUGCAGUUAAACGAAGAUUGAUAGUCCGUAUCUGCAGAGAUAUGGAAUUCUGUGACACGAACGCUUGUAUCAGAAAGUGCUGUCCCGAAGAUGAAUAUAUUUAUGAGGGUUGCACAUUAGGUACAUUCAGUGUACCUAACGAACCGGGAGAAUUUUACAAUGCUUUUGCAUAUACCGUGAAUCAAACAAAUUCGUUCACUUUCGACACGACCAAAGACUACGGAGUUUUGAUUGUGUACCCGUGUGAAAAAUUGUACGGUUUAAACGAUCCAAAUGAAUGGGAAAGUAAUGUGUUACUGACAUCAAAUGGACAUGUUGUCAUCCGAAAUGAUGACGAUGCAAACAAUAUGCACUGCUUUGACGUCAUACGUAACAGUUUCGACAAUUCUUCAAGUUUUGCUUUGUUUGUUUGUUCCAAAUACAUAAGGCUUGAUACUUAUAGAAGCACUGACUGGUGGUUCGCCAUAUUGAUCGUCAAAUGUUUAUUUUUCCUGAUGACCUUGCUAGUGUACGCGUACUUACCGAAUCUGCAAAAUAUUCAUGGAAAAACGGUCAUAUGUUACGUGAGCACUAUCUUGCUGUCUACCAUCUUCAAGUUUAUCAUUGAUUGGUUUGACAAAGUCGCGGCUGAACAACAAGAAAAAAAAUCGUGCAAAGCUAUAGCUUACAUCGGGUAUUUUUUUUUUCGAUCUACGGAAUUCUGGCUUAACGUCAUGUGCUUUGACAUAUGGUGGACCUUCAGAACUCUACGUGAAAAGAGGAUUAUAAAGGACCGCAAUAAUAGAAAAAGAUUCCUGUUGUACUGUUUAUAUGCAUGGGGCAUUUCUUUCCUGAUGUCAAUUUUCAUUAUUGUUGCCGAUAACACGGAUAUACUGACAGAUUAUCUGGAACUUAAUAUUGGCGAUUUAUCAUGUGACUUAGUAUACACAGUCAAUUGGGAUAACUACAGCGAUUUCAUUUUCAUUUAUGGACCGGAAACGAUUGUGACAAUAUCCAACGUGGUGUUCUUCAUUCUCACGACAAAAUAUUACAAUAAGGUAAAAGCGGACAUAAAAAAUGUAAUUACGGAUCCUAGAAGCAAACAACUUUGUUCCAAUAGGAAGAGAUUUAUCAUGAACUUCAAACUGUUCAUCGUCAUGGGAAUGCAAUGGAUGUUUUACGUAGUAGACUACUUCCAUGAAAAAUAUUUAGGUUACAAUCGUCCCUGGAAGAUAUUUUUUUACAUCUCUGUGGUCUUCUAUUGUCUUGAAGGUUUAUUGAUUUUCAUUAUUUUUGUUUUAAAGAAAAGUGUGUAUCAAGCUAUUAGCAAACGAAUUAGGAAUUGCAAGAUAUAAAAAAAAUCAACCUGCAACGUAACUACGUCAUUUCUACACAACACAGAACGUCCCACGGAUGUACAAAUUAUGUCAGUACGUCUGUGGACAUAUGGAUGUCCUACAGACGUCCGUUUAAGAAUAUCCAUCGGACGUCCAAAACACAACCAUUUUCCAUCGGACGUUUAUCGGACAAAAUAUCCAUUACAUGUACUGAACAACUUUUUUCACUUAUUGUCAUUUAAUUUCGUUUUCUCGUUUCCCUCAGAAACGUUAUACUAUUAUUAAGGCAAAUGUUCAACAAUAUUCUCGUAAUAUUAUUUUAAUAUUAUUUUAACUUUUAAUAAUAUUCAUGUAAUGUUCUAGGAAUAUUGUAACGCUUAUAUAGGGCUUGAAAUACUAAGCUUCUCACAUGAUGUUUUGUAAAAAAACACGUGAAGGCUUUCUUGGUUUGUGUUUGGAACGUCCAGAGACAAAAAAAUUUUCUAAAAACACUACAUGUGUUAUAAAGUUGGAUUACUCAAAACGAUUAUAAUAUGGAACAUUAAACAAUAUAUUUCAUUUGUAGAUAAUAUUUAUAUUAUAUAUUAUAACAAAAAAUAUAUUCAUUUAAAAUUAAUUUAAAUUAGAUAAAGUUAGAAAUUAGUGUUAAAUUAAAAAUUAUUAAUUUUUUAACUGUUACUCAACUUUUAAUUUCUUACCUAUAAUAAUUACUACUCAACAACACGUGCGCGCGAAAUAAUUUUACGAAAACCUAAGAAAAUAACUACGAAGAGCUAAGAACUGCAACAAGAAAUUACAGAAAUAUUACAUAGAUUAAAACAAAAAAACUUAGAAAUUCUUAGUUUUUUUCUUACACUGAGAAAAAAGUUAUUAAUUUGACUAAAUUUUUCAACUGGAUAAAAUAUUUUCAGUUCAAAUAUUUAUGUAUUUAACUGAAAUACAUAAAAUACUUAAACUUCAGUUUACACAUUUACAUGUACGUAUAUUUAACUCAAAUACAUAAAUAGUUGAAUUGAAGAAGUUCAAUCAAGUUGAAAAAUUGAGUCAAAUUAAUAACUUUUUUUUUCAAUGUAGACAUUUGUAGAAUAUAAAAGUAAUAUUUGAAAAACUUCGACUUUCAAUGUCGAUGAACUAUGCGUAACUACAAAUCAUCACAUACUACUACGCCAAUCGACAUUCUUGGACAUUUAUAGAAUGUGGUGAAAGUAUAUCUACGAUAGACCACGAAUGUUAACAAGAAACUAUCUAUAACUAACAAUAAGAAAAAUCAUGCAAUAGCACGACGGUUAAAAUUGUUGAAAUAUUUCUACAAAUAAUCACGAAUUUAAAUGCUGAACUACACAUAGCUACGUCAUAUAGUACUACCGCUAUUAAAAUUCUUGGAUAUUCAUAAAGACAGCUAUUACAUAAAAAUAUUACAUAAAAUACUAAUUAUUAAAUAAACAUAUUACAUAAACAUACUAAUAAAUAUACUUUAUUAAUUAUGUGUAAUUAAAUAAUUAAUAACUGUUAACUAAUAACCGUUUUGACUUCCUUGUCGUUAGUGAAUCAUCAAUUUAGUAGCAACAAUAUAGCAGAUCAAAGUUUCAACUAAAGGUCCACCUAAGCGGUCAGCGAUUUACCGAUAAUGAAGUCAAAACGACUAUCAACAGUUAUAUAUUUAGUUAUAAAUAAUUAGUAAACAUUUUUAUACAGUUCUAUGAAAAUCCAAGAAUUUUGAUAUAAUCUAUGUAUAAUUUAAUUAAAUUUAAUUAUUUAAUUAUAUUUAAUUAAAUUAUACGUAUAAUAUAUACAAUAAAAUAAUGUAUAUAUGUGUAAAAUAAUGUAUAAAAUAGAAUAUAAAAUAACUGUAUCUCAUACAUCGUCUAAACUUUGCGAUUCUUUUUAAUUUUUUGCUAAGUACGGAAUUUAAAACUGAUGGCCAGAUUCAAAGUAGGAAACAUUUUUGAACAUUAAAAUAUGAGACAGUUUCAAAUAUUUACGUGGAUACAAUAAAGAUUUUUGAGAAAAGUGUUAUUUAGGUCAUAGUGAGUACAAAUGUUAUUCAAUAUAGCAUAAUUAUAUUACUCCUUUUUUCACAAAAAGUGUUAAAAAAAAUAGAUAAUAAAGUGACUUAAUGUUACAUUUAUGACUUUAGUAACAUAUUGAUAUCAUUUAUUGAUAUACUAACAUAUAAAAGUAUACAAAGAACUAUUUUUGUAAACAAUUAAUUAUCUAAAUAAUUAUGACUUAACUUUUUAACUAGAAAUACCAAGUAGACCAUAUUGGAUACACCACAUUGAAUAUUUUAUUUAUUAUUUAUUGAUCAAAUAAACGUUAUGUGUAAAUCAUCAACGUUAUGUGUUAAAUCAUGUAUAUUAAUAGUAUCCGCAUUCGGCCACGUUCAGCCAUGCAAAUAAGUAAAUCUCUUCUUGAAAAGAAGAAAAAUGGUUUCACUCGUUCGACGCGCAUUGAACUUUGCUGAAUAGACAAUAUCAAUGUUUAAACUAAAAGUAUACAUAUAAAUGGAGUGUGAUUACCUUUACGUUAUAUGAACAAAUGUGUGUCCAAGAUGUAUGUGAAAGAGAAAGAUAUACAUGGAAUAAUCGCCCUCUAUGCGCUUGUUUAAAUAUUGUAAGCACCAUAGUUUACCACCAAAAUAUAUUGCUUUUACAAGAA